CAUCAACCACCACCUUUUUGCACCUUUUUGCACGUACACUCGCUACUACUCUACUCUCCCUCAUAUCUGCUUUAAUCCAACAACCUAACUGUCAACGAUGUACGCCUUCGCCGCUCUCCUCCUCGCCAUCCCCGCUCUGGGCAUCGCAGUCACCUCACCCGGCCAGUCAACAGUCUGGAACGCCAACACCGCAUCGCAGACAGUGGCCUGGACGUCAGUGGACACCGAUGCCACCUCGUUCGCCAUCUUCCUCGUGAAUCAGGACCGUACCGUCCUGCCGACGAACAACCAGCUGCUUUCCGCGAACGUGAGCACUAGCGCCGGCAGCACGACUGUCACGUACUCUAGCGGUACCUGGCCUAUCGGGGAUGCCUUCCAGAUCAACUUCGCGCGCGACUCCAACUCCCCCGACUCGCUCUACGCCCAGUCUGUCCAGUUCAACAUCACCGGCACCGCUUCCGUUUCCUCAAGCACGACGACCGCCUCCGCAGCGAGCAACACCGGCUCUACGCUCAAUGUAGCCAACACCGCUUCCACCGGCAUGACGAGCGGGACAGGGACGAACAGCGCGCCUAGCUCCGGGCCGAGCGACACCCUCCCUAACACUGGGGGCAGCACGAGCGGCGCGCUGGGCACUGACGUCAAGCUCGGAGCGAUGGUGUUUGCCCUUGGGCUGUUGGGCGCUGUCCUUGCCUGAACUGCCUGAACGCGAUAUUGGGAUGAUCCUCUCACCCUUCCCCUUCCCCUUGCAUGGAAUAGGCAAUGCACCACGGACUGAAUUACGGACUGAUAGAACGCCUCCCGGAGGCCUCUGUACCCUUCUCACCCCUUAUGUUUCGUUUUCUCUUUCCCUCGCGAGAAUGAGGGAAUUAGUUGUAUACCUUUCGAUGCAGAACGGUUGUAUGCGCGUUUGAAGGCGUCGACAAUGGACACUCGUUACACUAUCCUAUCCUCGCUCUAGCUUGUGAGAUCAAUACAGCAACAACAACAACAACCACAACAUGUCAUUGCCUCCUCC